AAUAGUUAAAUUUUCAAAUAAUUAUAUGAGUAAAACAUUUUCUUUGAUCAGUCAAAGAAAACAAAACUUCAAGGUGAAGUUAGAAUCCUGUUACGAAGUGUAAAGGCACACGCUUGUUCGAUGGACUAUGAUUUCAGAAGCAGGUCGGGCCUACAAGCUCCGAUGUACCGUCAGCAACAGCCACCGCCACCGCCUCCGAUGUACCGUCCGACACCGUAUGAGCAGAAUCACACACCUUCAUCAGGAUUAGGAUUUGGCGUUAGGGUUGCUAUAAGGCCAGAAUAUAGGAUCACACCGCCUCCUCACUUAUCGCCUCAUGCGGGAGAUAAUCCAAGGAGCAACUUCCAAUUUGAUUUUGAAUUAGAGAGAAAAAUUUUAGCUGAAGCGGAUAAGGAUAACCCAAAUUGGAGCAAAUUUGGAUCAGAAAAUAUCCCGACCAAAGUUUCUGAUUCUUCAACUGCAAAGGUUCCUGCUGUGGAUUCCAUUGUGAGCAAAUUUAUAGCUAUGGGGCUCAGCCAAGAAGCUGUUCCAAUUGCUGUUGAAAACUAUGGUGAUGAUCCAACCAAAGUUCAAGAAUUUGUGAAAGGCUACACACUUCUACGUGAAAUGGGAUUUUCAUCAAAUAGUGUUGCGGAAGCUCUGGUCAUGAAUGACAACCGUACAGACAGGGCACUAGCGCAUUUCCUUAACGGUUCAUCGUAGAGAUUAUUAAUGACUGAGGAAUAUAUUAGUUUCUUUGUACGAUGAUAAAGGUCAGAUAUAGGUUGAAACAUGGGCAAUCUGUUGGUGUCCUUAGUUUUAUAUACUCAUAUGUUGGUGAGUUGUGGAAUUGGUUUUGGUUUUGGAUUGAAAGGAUCGGUGAUUCUUAGAGAUAACAAAUAGAUCUAAUUUCCUCCCCGUGUUAUGUUUUGCUUUGCUUUGGAUGUCAAACGAUUAAUUACGUUAUUCUA